AUGGCACCAGUUGAUAGCGACAGUUGUGAUAGUUUGGAUGGAAGAGGAGUGGUCAACUUGGUGAAUGGCGAGGUUGUUCGGGUUAAGCGAGCUGGACAAUGGAUAGGAAGUUGCGUGAGACAGGGAGUGGAUUCCGAAGAUUUAUGGCAACAUGUUUGGAUUGUAUCGCAUAUGAAUGAGAUCGGGAGUUUAUUAGAGAAUAUCCUGUCAGUUAGGCCGGGUAGCUUUCGUGAUGACAGAUCCGGGCGUGUGACACUCGGUGGACUUCCUUGUAGUAACGAGCGUUUUUUUGAUGGAUUUGAGGAGCAAAGGCUUGCAUUUGAUCAUACCCUGCCAGCUGCAUUGGGAACGGGGCGUUUAUUUGCGCGUAUACCCUUUUUUGGAAUUAACGCGGAGGGAAUUUCGCAAGUGUUUUUCGGUAUGAGUAUGCAACCGUGA